AAGACCGUUUUAAUCAAAUUUCGAGCUAAUGAUAGCUCAGCCAGUUCCUUUUACUCAAGAGAUGCCUGGGGAAGUGCGCAUGCGUUGUCCUGACUUGUAUUUUGUGGCAGUGCCAUAUGCCCAGAUUCCUUUGGAGAAUUCUGUAAGAAGCACGUUUCUAUUUCCAAGUCAAAUUCUUCACUGAUAUUUCAGGUGAAAAAUGGGUAAGGAACAACUUGGCAUUCAGUUCAGGAAGAAGAUGCAGGUGUGGUAACAGUCUACAGGUUACCUUGCAGAAGGAACGCGGCUUGAGAAAGCUAAUGUGAGAUCAAUGCUAAACUUUGUUAACUGCUGCCAUCAAGACUCAUAGACUAAAAGAAUUUCUUUUCUAGUUCACCUCUAAAUCAAUAUCAAGAUACUUUCAGAAUGUCCAGCAAAGAAGUGAAAACUGCUCUAAAAAAUGCAAGAGAUGCAAUCAGAAACAAGGAGUACAAAGACGUUUUGAAACAUUGCAAGACAGUGUUAAAACAAGAGAAAGAUAACUAUAAUGCCUGGGUUUUUAUUGGUGUUGCUGCAGCUGAACUUGGACAGCCUGAUCAGGCCCAGGGCGCCUAUAAGAAAGCCGCUGAACUAGAGCCAGAGCAGCUCCUUGCUUGGCAGGGGCUAGCAAGUUUGUAUGAGAAGUGUAAUCACAUAAAUGCUAAAGAUGAUUUACCUGGUGUAUACCGAAAGCUAUUGGAUCUCUAUGAAAGUGUUGACAAACAGAAGUGGUGUGACGUGUGUAAGAAACUUGUGGAUCUCUAUCACCAGGAGAAGAAACACCUAGAGGUGGCUCGGACAUGGUAUAGACUGAUAAAGGUGCGGCAGGAAGAUGGAGCAGACCGACAAGAGCUUUAUGAGCUGUGGAGAAAGCUGAGUCAGUUGCUUGCUGAGGAUGCAGAAGAUCAGAAUGAUGAGACCCAGCAGAUGCUUUUAACUGCAUUUGAGAAUGCACUGGACUUAGCAGAUAACGUUCCCAGUGAAGAUCACCAAGUACUUUAUAGGAAUUUCAUUCAGUAUUUGUCUAAAUUUCCUCAUGAGAUCACUAGGUUGAAGAAGGCCUGUGAAGGAAUGAUAACUAUGUAUCCUGCUGUACAGUACCCACUGGAAGUGAUUUGUUUGUACCUAAUUGACUCAGGGAGCCUGACAGAUGAGGGACACCAGUAUUGUUGUAAGCUAGUGGAAAUGAAUUCAAAAAGUGGUCCAGGCCUUAUUGGCUUAGGUAUUAGAGCUUUACAAGACAAGAAGUAUGAAGAUGCUAUCAGUCAUCUAACAGAAGGCUUGAAGGAAAGCCCUCUCUGCAUAGCUGGGUGGUGUCAUCUAGCAGAAGCCCAAGUCAAAGUGCACAGACCUAAGGAAGCUAUUCUUUCUUGCAAUCGAGCUCUGAAGACCAUAGAUAACCUCGGUGCGUCAGGUGGCAGUCUUCAUCAGAAGAAUCUUUGUCUUCGUCUGAAAGCAGAGGCUUUGCUUAAACUCUCAGACUGUGCAUCGUUGGAGGAGGCAGUGCGUAUCCUUGAUCAGCUUUCUGACACAGAUAAUACCCCGGGACUGCUGGUUCUCCAAGGCCUGGCCUGUCUGAACACAGGUGCUGUAGACAAAGCUACAAAGAUCAUGGAAGACCUCGUAGCCUCGUACCCUGAUCUGUCUGAGGCUCACGCUCUUGAAGCUCAUGUUCAUUUUACUAAGAAGGACUAUGUGCAAGCAGAGGCGAGUUUCCAGAGAGCACUGGAGAAAGAUGCUGAAGUUGCUGAGUAUCAUUACCAGCUUGGGUUGACAUACUGGCUCAUGGGUGAAGAAACAAGGAAAGACAGAACAAAGGCUCUUAACCACUUUCUGAAGGCCGCAAGACUGGAUGCACACAUGGGUAAAGUUUUCUGCUACCUAGGCCAUUAUUACCGAGAUGUGGCUGGAGAUAGAAAUAGAGCCCGCGGGUGUUACAGGAAAGCAUUUGAAUUGGAUGACAGCGAUGCUGAGUCUGGAGCUGCUGCCGUUGACCUGAGCGUAGAGCUUGAAGACACGGAAACUGCAUUAGCGAUCUUGACAGCAGUAACCCAAAAGGCAAGCUCAGGAGCAGCGAAGUGGGCGUGGCUGAGGCGAGGCCUGUACUAUUUGAAAGCUGGUCACCAUUCUCAAGCAGUGGCUGAUUUACAGGCAGCAUUAAGGGCGGACCCCAAGGACUGCAACUGUUGGGAGUCAUUAGGAGAGGCGUACUUAAGCAGGGGCAGCUACACAACGGCCCUGAAGUCCUUCACGAGAGCCAGUGAGCUCAGCCCUGACUCCACAUACAGUGUGUUUAAAGUGGCUGCCAUUCAGCAAAUCCUAGGCAGGUAUUCAGAGGCCAUUGCACAGUAUCAGCUGAUCAUUAAAAAGGAGGAAGAUUAUGUGCCUGCCUUAAAAGGUUUGGGUGAGUGCCACCUGAUGCUGGGGAAGGCGGCCUUAGUGGAUUUUCUGGACGGGAAAGCUGUGGACUAUGUGGAACAAGCUCUGGGAUAUUUCACCCGGGCCCUCCAGCAUCGAGCUGAUGUGUCUUGUCUUUGGAAGCUCAUGGGGGAUGCAUGCACUUGUCUGCACCCCGUUUCACCAGCGAAAGUGAACGUUCGUGUCUCAGGAGCCCUUCUCGGCCAGCAAGAAGGACAGGAAGUCUUACGGAAGGAUGAGCUCCUGCAUCUUGGAGGAAGGUGUUAUGGUCGUGCAUUAAAAUUGAUGUCUACAUCUAAUACAUGGUGUGAUCUUGGAAUUAAUUAUUACCGUCAAGCACAGCAUUUAGCAGAAACAGGCAGCAGCAUGAAUGAUCUUACUGAGUUACUGGAGAAAUCUUUGCAUUGUCUGAAAAAGGCAGUGAGGCUGGACAGUAAUAAUCACUUAUACUGGAAUGCUCUUGGUGUGGUUACAUGUUACCAUGGAGUUGGAAAUUAUGCCCUUGCUCAGCACUGUUUCAUCAAAUCAAUCCAGGCAGAACAAAUUAACGCUGCUGCAUGGACCAACCUAGGAGUGUUAUACCUUGCGACUGAAAACAUUGAGCAAGCCCAUGAAGCGUUCCAAAUGGCGCAGUCCCUUGAUCCAUCUUAUUUAUUGUGCUGGAUUGGACAGGCUCUUAUUGCAGAGAGAAUUGGAAGUUAUGAAACAAUGGAUCUCUUUAGGCAUACCACAGAGCUCAGUAUGCAUACUGAAGGAGCAAUAGGUUAUGCGUAUUGGGUUUGUACAACAUUACAAGACAAAAGCAACAGAGAAACAGAGCUAUAUCAGUACAACAUCCUCCAGAUGAAUGCUGUCCCUGCAGCACAGGGCGUUCUGUGUAAAUAUGUAGAAAGAAUUCAGAAUUACGCUCCAGCGUUCACAAUGUUGGGUUAUUUGAACGAGCAUCUGCAGUUGAAAAGGGAAGCAGCUGAGGCAUACCAAAGGGCAACUGCACUGUUACAUUCUGCAGAAGACCAACAUACUUACAAUGUUACAGUAAGAAACUGGGGCAGAUUGUUGUGCUCCAUUGGUGACUAUGACAAAGCUAUCCAGGCCUUUAAGUCAACACCCCUUGCAGAGUUGGAGGACAUCAUAGGGUUUGCACUGGCAUUGUUUAUGAAGGGCCUGUAUAAGGAGAGCAGCACAGCCUAUGAGAGAGCCUUGACUGUUUGUAAAUCAGAGCAAGACAAAGUUCACAUCUUGACAGCUAUGGCAGUAACAGAAUAUAAACAAGGAAAAAUGGAUGCAGCCAAGUCAUUACUCUUCAAAUGCUCUAUAUUAAAGGAACCAACUGCAGAAAGCCUCCAAGUACUAUGUGCUCUAGGGCUGGCAAUGCAGGAUGCUACACUGUCAAAAGCAGCACUUAACGAGUUACUGAAGCAUAUCAAACAGAAAAAUGAUUAUCACAGGUACCUUCUUACCUCAGCAAUUUACGCACUCCAGGGCCACAGUGUGGCAGUGCAAAGACAAGUGGCCAAGGCUGUGCACAGUAAUCCUGCUGACCCAGCCCUUUGGUCUUUGCUAUCUCGAAUUGUUGCUCAGUACACCCAGCAGAACGCAAAGGGUGGUGCUGUAGCUGGCAGUGUGGCUCAUAUUCUGGAUUCGAAUCAUGGAAAGAAGGCUUUAUUGUACACGGCAGUGAACCAGUUGGCCAUGGGAGGCAGCACAGCAGAAGACAAAAGCAGCACUGCUCUAAAGACCAUUCAGAAGGCAGCCUUCCUUUCCCCAGAUGAUCCUGCUGUCUGGGCUGGCCUGAUGGCAGCCUGCCAUGCUGAUGAUAAACUGGCUUUGGUCAGUAACACUCAGCCAAAGAGGGUAGAUUUAUACUUGGCAUUGCAGUCUGCUGUUUCUGCUUCACUUAAGGACAAAGAAAAUUUGCAAAAUUACAACCUGUUGCUUGAAAAGUGGUCUUUUUCACAAGCUGUCACUGGUCUGAUUGACACAGGAAAAAUAUCUGAAGCCGAAUCUCUGUGCACAAAGAAUUUAAAAAGCAACCCCGAUCAGCCAGCUGUUAUCUUACUGUUGAGACAAGUUCAGUGUACAUCACUCCUGGCGUCACAGAAACCCCUCCCAGAUGCUGUACUGGAAGAACUGCAAAAAACAGUCAUGUCCAACUCAACCUCUGUUCCAGCAUGGCAGUGGUUGGCACAGGUGUAUCAGUCCCAAGGAAUGAUGAGUGCUGCAGAGAUGUGUUAUAGAAAGAGUCUCCAAGUGGCAUCCCAGCAGGGCAGCUGGAGUGGGAAGCUCUCGAGCCUGCUGAAGCUAGCCCUUCUUGCACUGGAAGUGUGCAUGGCUAAUGUUUCAGGUGAUCACUGGUCAUCCUUGGUUCAAGAAGCCACAAGCGAGGCCUUGAAGGUUUGCUUUAGUCCGCUGGCUAUCUUCUUGCAAGCGUUGUUACAGUUCAACCGAAAGAUGGGAGCAAGAGAGACACGGCGACUGUUGGAGAGAGUGGUGUAUCAGACUGGAUACCCCAACUCAAUUGUAUCAACUGCUCGUUGGUACCUCUUAAGACACCUCCAUGCGAAAGAUGACCAUGAGCUAAUUGAUGUUUUGGUGAGGAAUGCCGAGACCCACGGUGAUAAAAGAAUGUUGGAACUGAAUCGGAAGCUGUCGGCCCAAUAAUCGUGGCUUGUGAGACUCACAGUAAGGAACCGGAGAAAAUACUUGCAGAUGAGGCAGCGAACCAAGAGUUCUCACCAGAACAGCACAUUUUAAAAUUAUGGUUGUAUCAGCUGGGCAAGGUGGUGCCCCAAUUUAAUCCUGGCACUUGGGAGGCAGAGGUGGGAACUCUGCGAGUUCCAGGCCAUCGUGGUCCGCAUAGAGUUUCAGGAUAGCCAUCUGUACACAAUGAAAUCCCAUCUUGAAAAGAAUAAAAAAUAAAAACAAAUAAGUUUAAAGCUACAGUUUUGAUCAUCCAUUGUUUUCCCUCCUUUUUAUUUUGAUAUUUUACUCUAGAGAUGCUGAAGUUCUUAAGUUAAGGGUGUAACUUUUCACCUGCUUUUAACCUGAAAGAUACCUCCAACUUGGUCCUUAAGGAAAGUUAAUACCCUGAUUCCGAGUUACUUAACAGUUGCUUACAAACCAUUAUCUGUUUGUUUCUUUGUUUCUAAGACAGACUUUGUCUGUGUAGCCUUGGCUACCCUGGAAUUCCCUCUGUAGAACAAGCUGGCCUUGAAUUCAGAGAUCCACCUGCCUUUGUCUAAGUGCUGGUAUUAAAGGCCUGCCUCACUGUUGCCUGAUAAAAAAACUUAUUUAUUUUUUUACAUUUGCAUGAUAUAAUGGAGUACUUUUUGGAGGUUGCUUCUUAACAAUAAAACCUUUGUAACCAUUUUUACAAGUAAUAUGAAAAAGUAAAAUUUCCUUUUUUUUUUUCAAUCCCAGAAUUCUUCCAGAUCAAGUCUUGGUGAAAUCUACAUGUUCUUGUACUCUGUCUUGCUAGUCCAUCUCAGAUCCUAUUGAAGAAGCAUAAUAUGAAUAUUUGUAAGAUUUUGACUGCUAAUGGAUAAGUCCGUAAAGUUCAGAAUGCUCAGUUAUAUGGUUGCAUUUUAAAACACAUUAAUGGAAAAUUUGGGGGAAAUAAUGCUGAUAAUAUUUAAUUAUUCAUGCAAUUUUUUUGCUUAUGAUGAAAAGACAUAACUUGAAAUAAAAUAAAAAUCAGUGUCUUA